UGUGCUCUGAUGGGCCGAGGCUACAGCUGUGAUGCCUGUGCUUGCUCCAGGUGUGUGCUCUGAUGGGCCGAGGCUACAGCUGUGAUGCCUGUGCUUGCUCCAGGUGUGUGCUCUGAUGGGCCGAGGCUACAGCUGUGAUGCCUGUGCUUGCUCCAGGUGUGUGCUCUGAUGGGCCGAGGCUACAGCUGUGAUGCCUGUGUUUGCUCUAGGUGUGUGCUCUGAAGGCCAUGCAGCUCUCUACCAGGCCUGGGAUGCCUCUGCCCAAAUACUGCAGUGCAGCCACAACCCUCAAAGCCGCUGGCCUGGAUGGUGCUGUGCCACUCCAGGACCUGUCCUUCACCUGUCCCUUUGCCACGCAAGCACCCUGGCAGUCCACGCACUGCACAUUCACCAGGUGUCCCUCUUGUCACCCGUGUUUCCACUCUGUUGCUAGGCCAUGGCAGGGGCUUAGCUGGCUGGGAAGUGUCGAAGAUGGCCCUGGCCCCUGGGUCCUGGCCAGAAGGGAACCGGAUGCCUUUUAUUAUCUGGCUCAGAUAAAGGCUGUUCCAGAGUUGGAGAGGCGGGGGGCCCUGGUUGUGGAAUUUGAGGCUCCCCUUGUCACAGGCCUAAAGCUGCCAGCCCCACAGAGGAGGGUGGUCUUUCCAGAAGAUGUCGUUCAGUUUUCACCAUCCAUGCCACACUCACUGCGACUGGGUGACAAGGUGCUGGCACUCUGGGAACCAGAGCAAAAGCAGUAUGGCCCAGGCACUGUUCUCUUGGGCUCAAAGAAACAAAAAGGCCAAAGAGCAUCUAAAGAAGAAGAAAUCACUGUUCACUUCUGGAAUGGCAAGACAACUAAGGUGCCUCUGGACAGGGUCAGGUGGGUGCCCCCCACUGUCUGGAAGAAGGCUGUGGAGAGACUACAAACCUCUCACAGCAGGGGCUGCCACAGUUCUUGUCUCCGGGUACCUUGCUGCUCUUAUCUGGGGCCCAACAGUGGAUGCAGCACACACAGGCAUCCUCCCUGCCUCUCACGUGCCUGCUGCCAGCUUCUCCAUCAGGGCAGCUGCCCUUUGCUGGGGCCUAGCUGGUGGCCUCUACCUAGGACCUCUGAGCUCACAACCAGAAAACUCCCAGAGCCAGAGCUGAAGGCCACAGCUCAACUUUUGCCCCUACAAGGUCCUAAAGAGGCGACAGCACCAGUGUUCAACUACAGUAUAUCCUCUUCCUCCUCGGAAGAGAAUUCAGAGAGUCAUCUGGAGACGGGACUGUCCCAGAGACAGAUGGUAAGCAGGGCAGUCAACACGGACCCCAUCUUUUCUGAGAAGUCUCUGCAGCAGUGCAGCCCCUGGCAGCCUGAGUGGAGGUACUGGAGGAGGAGUGGGCCUGAGCCACCCCCUGGAAAGCCAGGUAUGUUAUACCAGGGGUGUGGCCCUAGCUUCCCAGGAAGAAGAUGUUGCCACAAUAAGAAAAAAGGCAAGGACAACCAACAGGACAGAGUGUAAACUGCAGUAGUGGGGACUACCCAGGAGCUGGCCCUGAAAGCCACCAACAUGAAAACAUGGCAGACUCAACCAGAAGCCGAACACAUACAACAAGGAAGUCAAGGCAUUGGAACAACGAGAGGAAAACUUCCCUCAGAAGAAGAGCCCUGAGCAUCUGGGUAAAAAGCAGAAUGUCUGGAUCCCAGCACUGGGGAGGCAGAGGCAGAUGGAUCGCUGUGAGUUCGAGGCCAGCCUGGUCUACAAAGUGAGUCCAGGACAGCCAAAGCUACAGAA